AUGAAGUCGUUCAUUUUCGCUGCUGUUUUCUGGACCUGGUUUGGAUCAGUUCUCGCAAGUUCUGAGCUUUGCGAUUCCUUUGAGACCAAAAGAUACCUUACUGCACAAGAGGUCAAGGACGAACUUGGACCAUGGUUUCGAACUCAAUUCGAUGAGUGGAAGACCGAUCAUAAAGAGUCUGAGCCACGAUUCUGGAGCUGGUUUCAUCAGAAAUACUCGCCUGGUAUGACUGAAUCUAUAUUGUCAUGCAAGCUCAGUGGAACUUGUAGUCCUGUCUCCUGCAGGGAAAUUAGUGACAAGUACAGCCUUGACGUUCAACGAAAUGCUCUCUUCGCAAUGGAGUCGGUCGUCAACUUCCACAACGCCAUGUGGAUGAUCAAAGAAGCCAACGUGGAGGCUUUCAACAAUGUGGAAGCUAACAUGCAAAGCCUCCUCAGCCAGUUCUCCGAUGGUAAGAACGUCGAUCACCAGAAAUCGGAGUUCAAAAAGAACCUUCAAUUAUGGGCGCACGCCAUAAUCGCGAUUACUAUGGUGGCGGCAGCGCUCUUUACAGGUUUCGCCUCCGCUCUCUCUCUUACAACUGCGCUAGCCGCAGUCGCGCCAACACAAAUAGUAAUGGAUCAAGCCGAGACCGCAGGCAUCAAUCUGGUUGCUGCCGCUAUGAGGGUGGACACUGCGAUCGCUGGCGCUGUAGGCACUGUCUCAUCAUCGGCCGUGUCGCUCACAACGGAUAUGCUCGCCGGGCCAGAUUACGCUGAGAAAAUCAGCACAGUAGCGAGAGAGGCCAUGUCGCAAAACCAAGACCUGGCCACGAAGUUUUUCGAUGCAAACAUGCUGGCAUUACUGAAAGGAGAUAUUGGUGGAGCGAAAGAUUACGCACUUGUCGACAUUGUUGAGGGGGGCCGAUACGCAAACACGACUGAACUUGUGCCAGAAUAUAGGGAUCAGCUCCGGUACAUGUGGACAGCAUCAGCCAUUUCAUCCAUGUGGUCUGUGGAGAAUUCUUACAUCGUUGUUUCCGAUGUCAGUAGCGGUAGCUGCAAGUCUGAUCAUCGCGGACCUCAGAUACUCAAGUCAUGCCUUGGAGAGUAUCCGACCAAAGUGUUUUACACUUAUUUCUUGUCGAGAUGCCGAGAAGGGAUCAAAGGGAAACCGCUUGUACGCGGUCCUCCAGGCCACGAACUGCUCAAAAAGAUGACCAACUUCACUCUGGACGACGUCGUUCGAUCUUCUAUGACUCACCUGAAGGACCACGGAAACAAGACACCCAGACCCCUAAUGGGGGUUGAAGGAUUUGAGGCCCUUUUUGGUCCUGGCAAAGCCAUAGUGCACGGAGGAGGAAGAGCCAGAGGUAUUUUUACCAUUCCAGUCUGCUAUACACCCGGAGGACAAGCCAUAAGCUCGAUCAAUUUCAAAAAGAGUCGCAAUAUGCCAUGCGCGUGCUCCAAGUUCAGCUUUUCUGGAAAACAUCACAGGGCCGCCGAGAUGGACCACUCCGAAGUCCAGGCACAAGCCUUGCAGAAGAGGAAUGACGAUGAGGGUGGCUGGCAAAAUGAUUACAAGACCACCUACGACUUUUUCCUCAGCUCAGGCAUAGGUUCGUCCCAUGAUUUCCGCAGCUACUGCAGAUCCGGCCGCAAAUCUGGCAACAGCUGUAACAGGAAGGACCAUGAGCACUGGAGCUGGCCCCAGGGUGUCACCGGACCGAAACAUCCAUUCCACAAGUGCAAACCAAACUCUCACGAACACAUUGGUUGUCAGAAACCGCACAAUGAUGGUCACCAUGAGAACAAGCAUUGCGCGGGUCACGAUGCCAUGGCCAUGGAUUACUCCGUUGAAAUGGGCGGCAUGAACGCGACUUGGAGUAACUCGACUGGACCUGACUACGAUGAUGUUGAAGAUUCUGAUGACGAGGAUGAUGAUGCCACAGAUUUGGAGGAAGUCGAUGAUUCCGACGGUGAGUCUGGUGAUGAAGGCGAACCUCAGGCUGAUGAGCAUGAUGGUCUUGAUGAGGCGAGGACUCCAGAAGCUCGAUUGUCAGUCGCUUUCAUGGCUUGA